UCGUGCUAUUGACACAAUCUAGCUGUUUUCUAAAACACUGUACGGUUUCGAAAUUUUUGAAGUCCAUCGUUUUGUACUGUGAUAAUCCACACCUAUCUCUGUAUUAAACUACAAGGACAGUGGUGUGUUAAACGGGGAGUAGCCUCCAAAAGUUGAAUGAACAACGAUCUAAAAAUACAGAUCUAUGAAUUAUUAUACAACUUCAGAAUAUAGGCAGAGUGUAGUUUAAACUUAUUUAAAUUUGAAUUAGGUUUGAUCCUGGCUUCUAAUAUGGCCCCUUCAGAAGCGUGUGCAGUAGAAGGAAGUGGUGUGACCCACGACCAUCACACUGACAUCCAGAGAAACAAACAACACUUAACCAUCGCUCCAGAAUAUACGUGAAACCAAAUCGUUAAGAACUUGAUCUGAACAAACACUUACCAUCAUUUACAUCUACUCUUCAUCUGCUGGCUGCAUUACUGUCAAUACACACGUGGUCAGGUUUCUUAGUCGCCCGUUUCAGUUGGACAUCGCUGUAUUCUAAAGGUCCAGUCUCUUCUUAGUAAUAGUUAAACUAAACUUAUACACUUACCGACUCUGCUCUUUAACGAGUCAGUCGUUUUUUUUUUUUUCUCUUGUCCUAUCUUACUGUACACGUUGAUUAAAAAGGGUCCUGCUGCGAGCCCCGCAGCCCCGUGCGUUAUCUACUCGAACCUCUCGGCUAUGUUAGCCUAACAUAUUUUAAGCAAUCCCCUUUUGGAGCAAACUCGGUACUAAAAAGAAGCAAGCAUUGACAUUUACAUGUCAAACGGAUGAGGGUUUUUAUCUCCAAGUUAGAUCGUAAAAAUCAACCCAGGCCUCCGACUGAUACCUCUCACUGGCUCACUGGCAGUCACGUGGGGUCCAUAAAGUUAGUUUUAUGGUUUUGGGGAGUUGACAAUGUACUAUAUAUUUCACAUUCGAGAAUGCAAGUGACGGUUUAACGGCUUCGCGGGGAUUGUAAAGGGGUCAGUAAAGUAGACGGAGCAGGAGAGCAGAAGGGAGAGCGGAGCGGGCCACUGCUAGUCCAGGACGCUAGUCCCACAGUCUGCUUUCACAUGGACACUACCCGGAUCUCGGACGUUUUCGGGUGCGAAUAUCAGAGGAAGGAAUGAGCCGGAGAGCGAGGCCACACACAAGCGACAAGACCCCUUCUGCCAUGCGUUGGAAAGGGAGGGAGCGGGAGAGAGAAGAAAAGAAUAAGAAGAUGUCUUGGAAGACAGUUGACUCCCCCUCCCCACACCCCCCCCCCCCCACACACACACCUGCCCCAACCUCUCACAACCAAUCUCCACUUUUAAGUAGCCAAGAAGUAUACGACUAAAAGAAAAAAAAGUGUUUCUUGAUCCUUGGGAGGAGAAUAAAUGUGCCAGAAGAAAACGCAAGGCAGUCACUGGAAAAUCACCACGUCCGCAGGGAAGAUGGCCAUGAAGUUAGCUGCGGCACGAAGUUACAAGUUUGGACGAGGAGCUUUGUGGAAGCCGUUUUCUUCACUCAAAACAACACAAAAUAAAAAGUCUCUCGGUCAGAUUCCAAGGGGCCGUUGGAGAGAGACAGUCACGUGACACCCGGUGCCAAAUGGUCUUCCGGCAGCGCCUCUCAACAAGGACCGGAGAAACAGAAGAAGCCGCCCCUUCUCUUGGAAAUGCAGAAAACCACGUAUUACGACAACUCCUCGACGCUUUUCGGUGGCUACUCGUCGUACCAGGUCCAGGGGGCGGCGGCGGCGGCGGCGGCGGCGGUCAACGGCUUCGGCGGCUACGAUGCUGUCCCCGUGUCCCACCACCAGCCCAGCUUCCAGUCGGCCAGCCACCUGGACGUGGACUCGUAUCAGCGCUCGGCGUGCUCCCUGCAGUCCCUGGGCGGCGGCGGGGGGGGGAGUAGCGGCGGCGGCGGCGGAGGCGGUGGCGGGGGUCUCCAACAGCAACACUUGGCCAAGAGCAAGGAGCUGAACGGCAGCUGCAUGCGGCCCAGCCUGCCCCCCGAGCACCACCCGGGCGCCCAGGUGUCCCCCCCGCUGCCCCCCAGCGCCAGUAACGCCCAGCCACCCGGUGGGGGGGGUGGCGGUUUGGUGACGGCGUCGUCGGUCGGUAAGCCGGCCAAUCCUGGCAAGCCGUCCAACGCGUCGGACUCGCCGUCGGCGGCGGCCUCCUCCCUGCCCCCCAAUCCCACCAUGACCAAGCAGAUCUUCCCCUGGAUGAAAGAGUCGCGGCAGAACACCAAGCAGAAGAACGGCUCCCCCAGCUCAAACUCGGCCAACGCGCUAGGAGGAGGAGGAGGCGAGAGCGGCAGUGGCGGGGAAAAGAGCCCCCCCGGCAGCUCCUCGGCCGCCUCCAAGCGGGCGCGCACCGCCUACACCAGCGCCCAGCUGGUGGAGCUGGAGAAGGAGUUCCACUUCAACCGCUACCUGUGCCGGCCCCGGCGCGUGGAGAUGGCCAACCUGCUCAACCUGUCUGAGAGGCAGAUCAAGAUCUGGUUCCAAAACCGACGCAUGAAAUACAAGAAGGACCAGAAGUCUAAAGGUUUGGGCUCCAGCUCCGGGGGGCCCUCGCCGACCGGCUCCCCGCCCCUGACCAUGCAGUCCACUGCUGGCUUCCUGAACUCCAUGCACUCCAUGGGGGGCGGGGGCUACGACGCCCCUUCGCCGCCCUCUUUUAGCAAGCCCCACCAGAGUGUGUCCUACUCCAUGUCCACUGCCUACCCCAACGUCUCCAUGAAGAGCUGCCCUUCACAGCAGAAGUACGGCGCUCCGGCCCCGGACUAUGCAGACCCUCACGGCCACCAUGGCCUACUGCAGGCCAACAGUGCUGGAUAUGGGACCCCCAACAACAUGCAGGCCAGCCCUGUGUAUGUGGCAGGGGGCAGCUACGUGGAGCCCAUGUCCGGAGGCGGGCCUACCAUGUACGGGCUAAACCACCUGGGCCCCACGCCCCCUCACCACCAAUCCAUGGACUACAGUGGUGCGACCGCCAUGUCGACCGGCAACCAGCAUCACGGGGGUGGAGUAGGAGGGCCCCCGGGACCUUGUGACCCCCCCCCACACUCAACUUACACAGAGCUGUCGGCACACCACACCUCGACUCAGGGCAGAAUCCAGGAAGCACCCAAGCUCACUCACCUGUAGCAGGUUUGAAAAAAAAAAAAAAGUGGAGAAAGAUGAUGGAAUGACUAACAUGAUGCCAUUGGCUAACAGGUUCUACCCGGUCGAUGGGGACUGGGUGGAGAGAGAGCGAAAAAAGAGAUUGGGUAUGUGUGACAAUCCAGUGGUUUAUGUUGCUCAGGAAAGGUCCAAACUUGUUUGAAGUACUUCCAAUUUGUCAGCCACUAUGACAUCAAGUCAAUUGAUGCUAUUCAAUUAGUAGAUGGUUAGAAGUGUACCACCGCCAUACAUAUAGGACCCAGUUCCCAUAUAGUGGAUAGGCAGAAGGUUCCAGCACCAGACCAGUUUGCACCUAUACAUACCUAGAGUAGGCUGAUAAAUGAUAGUUGGCUAGAGUUUUGAUAACGUUGGACAAAGAUUGGAAAUGAUUGGAAAUGAUUGGAAAGGAUUGUUUGACUUAGAACUACCUCAUGUUACUACAAUGCCAUAUUAGGACAACUUUUUACAAGGUUCAGGGUUUUUCUUGCAUCAUUUGAGGUAUUGUGGUUAGAGUUAGGUUUAUUCAAUUUAUACCUCACAUUUCUUAUUUUGAUGUGCGCCAUAGUACAUAUAACUGGAACUGUUAUCGUCCAAAAGCAGUGGAGGACCAAAUCCAUGUACAUAGCUAGCAAUACUUCCCCACGCAUCUUUGGAGAAUUGCUAACAAUAGAAAUCUGCUGUUGGACUUUCCACAGCUUUAAUGCUUGGAUUUCCAACUUAGUAAAUACUGACUGUCCUGAGAGUUGGUCACCUUAGUACACCCUGGUAGCCUUUAUAAAUGUUAGGGAUGGAGCCUAGUUGGGCCUAGCAUGUAGGUUGAAAAUAGACAUAGUGCGAGGGAAACAUCUGCGGUACACCUUAUGCUUCUGCACUGUGGCUUGGAAUGCUUUAAAGGCAUGUUUUUUAUGAUGGCAUCCACCCCCAUUUCGUACACACACACACACACACACACACACACACACACACACCCACACACACACACACACACACACACACACACACACACACACACACACACACACACACACACACACACACACACACACACACACAGCUCCCAUUGCCGAAGCAAGGGGUAAAUGAAAUAUAGAGGGUAGACUUUUUAAUGGUGGUUAACGAGGUGGUUAGAUUAAUGAUGCUGGCAGCUCUAUUACUCCAAGGAGCACAUUUUAUUGUCAGUCCUGCUGAGUUAUGGGUGUAGGGCUCUUCUGUGUGGAGGUGUGUGGAGGUAAGGGGAGGAUAGGUGGGGAAGCACACAGGCCUGCAGCAACAACAACAACAAAAUAUUCACCAAAAGAAAACCAAGUCCCAGCUACUCUAUGCUCCUCACUUUGAAGAGGGAACAAGCAUAAACCACUGGAUUGUUGCCUUUCUAUAUGUCUCUCUCUCUCUCUCUCUCUCUCUCUCUCUCUCUCUCUCUCUCUCUCUCUCUCUCUCUCUCUCUCUCUCUCUCUCUCUCUCUCUCUCUCUCUCUCUCUCUCUCUCUCUCUCUCUCUCUCUCUCUCUCUCUCUCUCUCUCGCUUUCUCUCUUUCUCCCUCUAAAUAUCUCCUGCUAUUUCCCUACUGUCGUUUGUCUUGGGGAGCAGCAUCAUUCACUGAAGCAUGCUUCUUACAAUCCCUCAUAUUCCCCUCAUACUCCCGCCACAACCGCACACACGUGCACGUACCAACACACACACACACCAACACGCACACGCACACAAACACACAGACAUACACAAAUCUUCUAAACCUUGCAAUAGGUGGAUUACUUAAACCCUUAAAAGUGUUAGCAGUUAUCCAGGCUGGUCUUGCACUCAUACAUGGACGUGUAAAAUGUAAGAAUAUCUUAGCCUUUUACACACAAACACAAACACACACACACACACACACUCACAGCUAUGCUACUUCUUCUUUUUGCUGACACAUGUUCAAAGCCGGGCUAUGCCAGCUGUUGACAUCUUAACACAAACAUACAUGAGAGAAACAUUCAAAAAAAAAAUAAUGUUCUUAUUUUAGCACAACAUUGAGACAGGGUAAAAAAAGGAGUGGAAAACUCUUUCUUUAUAUAUGUGUGAGUCUUUGGCCCCUCCUUUAUGUAUGUCUGUCUCUGUCUGUCUGUCUGUCUGUCUCUGUCUGUUUUGUCUUUUUCUGUCUUCCUCUCUCCCUCUCUUUUCUCUCGGUCUCUGAGGGGUCAGUCACGUAAGCGGACACUAAGGUGAAAAAGAGCAAUUAUUGUUAUUAUUUUAUUAUUGUUUUUGGUUCACACAUAUCAACUUUUAACAUGGAAACAGGGUAUAUAUUUGAACAAAAAUGCAUGUCAUGGAUGAAAAGCAGAUGUGUGCUAGACCUAAAAGAAACACUUUGUUCACUUUUGAUGACAUUAGUGAUGGCAGUUUGGACAACGUACAUCCUUGAGCUACAUUUCAACAACGUGUGUGUAUUUAGUGAUUCGAUAUGAUCACAUUUUCCAACAACACAAAACAAACUAACCUAUAAUCAUAACCCACUUCGUCAAUCGUCUAUUGUCUUCUUGCCAUUUUGAAUACCAACCCUUUUUUGGCAGUUGUUUCUCCAACACACAUUGAAAAGUAGCACAAGUAGUACUUGGGUAUCGCCAAACUCCUCUCGCUGAUCGUCGUAAGAGGCUAGACUUACUAUGCUUGCUACAUCCAGACAUCAUUGUUGCACUUAGAGUUUACAUUUUGAUGGUUAAAGUUAAAAAAAAAAAAAAAAAAUGAAAUCUUAUUUUAAAGACGGAAGAUCCUGCAAUCAAAGCGUCUUUGGCUAAUGUGUGUUCAAGUGAACAUUCAAAUAUAAAUAUUUAUUUGUUAUAACCGUUUAAAAUACUUUCUGUUUUGUAAUAUUAUUAUUAUUUAUCCUUCAUGUAUUUAUAUCGACAAAAAAUACUGUACUUUUUUAGUAUUUACCAGUUAUGAAAGGGAAAAGGCAUUGUGUUUCUUCUUGUCCAUUGUCCCGAAGUUAAUUUUUUUUAGUUAUUGUAUUUUAGAAGGAAAAAAAGUAGUUUUUAUCUUCCUAUUAUGACCCUUGUUCAUAAAUGUCUUGACUUGUACAGGGAAAAUGCUCAGAAGUGAAUCGGGGACCCGUCCAUGCAUAGUCAGAAAAUUUAGACAAACUAUUAGCUGGCGAAAAAGAGCAAGUCUUUUUUUGAGAAAACAGUUACCUUUCUUUGUCCUUUGUAGAUUAUUUUUCUUUCCUUGUUGAGAGAGUUGUCUGUCGAGCAAUUCUUUAAUAAAAUGUUAUGUUAUUCAGA